UUUGACAUAGUGCGCUAUUUUGAUUCAAGACGCCAGGGUGUCGAGGCGAUGAACUGUGGUCUGAGAAGAAAAUUCCGAGCAAGUCUGUGUUUACAUACACCCAACUUUCAACAUCUUACUGGAAUUCAAAAGAGGAAAGUGCUUUUUAUUCUUGUUCUUGUUGGAGAACACAGUCUUUGUAAAUAUCCUAAUUGUCAACAAUACUGGAUAGUGUUGCUUGAACUAGCAUUACUGCGAUUGCGAUUGCUAACCUAGGUUAACUAGCUUAGCUAGUUAGCUAACGGAUUCUUUCCAAGUUGAGCUCCUGACAAACUGACUUGGUGAUAUAGCACGCUGCUGAAAUGCGCUAGCUAGCCAACUGGCUAUAUUGCUUUUCCAAAUCAGUGAUUGGAUCAAUGAGUCUGAUCAAUGAUGAUUUAUGCGCUAAUAUCGCCGGAGUUACACGAACAACUCCUUGAUCACGAGAACUACCAGAAUCGAACAAAUGGGGUAGAAGGGCUGAAGAACAUUAUUUCAGAGGUGGACUUGAAAACCGUUUCCUCUGACAGUAUUGUGGAAUUAAUCAAUUUUUUACGUAGACUUCUGGAUGAUACAAACUUCAAAGUCUUGUAUGGCACUUUACAGGUUAUCAGCCUCCUGGUUCAAAACCUGGACUACGCUGUGGACAGACAUUAUAAACAGAUUGUAUGUGUGGCCCUCAAAACUUUGGGGGACGCACGGACUGUUCCCCGGAAUGAGUACAUGAAUAUUUUUCGUCACCUCAUGAGGAUUGUAGGUCCACAGAAAGUUUUGGAACUUGUAAUAGGACACCUAAGGCACAAAAAUUCCAGAGUCAGAGAAGAUGUCAUCAACAUCAUCACAGCUGCUAUGCUCACACACCCCAGAAAAGACUUCAAUAUCCCCAAUCUGUGUUCUGUAGUGGCUCCUUAUCUUGCAGACAAUAAAAAGAGGGUCCGACAUGCUGCUCUGGAGCUCUUUGCUGUUUUUGACUGCUGUCUUGACACAGGAAAAAAACAGCCACUCAUGAAGGCCAUUGACAGGUUGGACUUCACUGGAGAUGUGGAGGGACUUAUGGCUGCAGUACAGGCACGAAGAGCCAGACAUAUUCUCCCCCGAUUGUCUGCAGAUGGUAUGGUGGAAUACGCACUGGUCAUCCCCAAGCCUGGUCAACGGCAAAUGCCUCAGUUUGGCUCUGGAGCUGACCUGAACUGGGUUAUUAAUGGAGGGAAAGUUAACAGUCCACAGAGCCACCACACAGAACCAGAUUCGGAUCGACUGAGUGGCUACAGCAGCUUUGGUUCUCUUACAGAUGACCUCCAGUCACACAAGAGAGUAGUUAGUGCUAGGAAGGCAAAAAACAAGCUACCCUGGGAGAGGUCUUGCCUCCCAUGUUUAGUAAACAAGCAGCCUUGCAGUGCAUCAAAUACAAAGUUAUCUGAUAAGUUUAGUGUGGAAGAUCUCACUACCUCCUUGAGGCUGAAUCAGGAAAACUGUGGCACAAACUCUGGUUCAGUAGAGCCUUUCCAGCCCGAUGCUCCAGGAUGGAAAAGAGAGACAGUGGGUAGACUUUGUCGAAGCGGUAGCCUUGGCGCGGACCCAGAUAUUUUAAAAGCAGCUAACCUCAGUGAUUCUGACAGAGGUUUGCCCAAAGCCAACCGCUUGCUGUCUGGUAACCCCAGUGUAGAGCGCACCUUUUCAGUUCCUUCCAAUCCACCCCCCCCCGGGUCUUUUCUGCUGCCCUCCUACCCUCUGGCCACUCUUCCGGGAGUGCAGCUGACUCCCACCCUGCCUCGUAGAUGCCAUGCAAACUCCUCACUGUCCAUGUCCAAUACAUGGCCCAACAAGCGAGAUACGAUCCCUCGUCACAGGGACCCCAGCUCAUGGGCGGACGAAACAGGUGAAGUUGGAUCCAACAGGUGUUCCCCACUGCCUGCGUGUACUUUGUGGGCGAGCACCAUCUCAUCACCAUCUCAUCAUCCACCCACCUCCCCAGUCAUACGGCAAUCCUCGCAGGAUACCUUGCAGCAAGAGCUGCCUGGUAGGAAUUCCCACCAAGAUGAGGAGCCAGUGGACAGGGAGGAGAUGAUGAACUCCCUUCGCUGCUUGCGUAAUCAUGCGGCUAAGAAGCGAGCCAAGGUAAGCGCGAGUGGCUCUGACCCAGAACCCGACAGCCCGGACUCUGCUGUGAAGCUGGAGCCGAGUACAGACUCCCCCUCUCACACCUCACCAUCUUUGACCAGCCCUCUGAGCGAGAGCAGCCUGUCCAGCCUCUAUUCACCCCCAACUUCCACCAUCACCAAUGGCACCAAGAUCAGCCCUAGGGACUCAGCAGCAAAAACUAUUGCUAGAGUACCAUCAGGAAGACAGAAAACUUCUUCCUCCAUGGAAGCAGGUGCUCAAGAUGUCCAACAGCAAGAAAAGGUUCUUUCUGAUUUGAGCGUAAACGUAGUAGGUCAGAGAGUAGCAUACUGUAAUGGACCAGCAGAGAAAGCAAUGUCGCCUCCACAAACCAGGCCUGCUGGUCGAGAGCCUCUCCGUGCCCUCAGGCCUGUCAAAGGAUCUCAAAUGCAUAGCAUCAGGGCUUCCCCUGCUGGUGACGUGUCGGAGGGAGUAGUUGGCAGAGGAGUUUUUGGCUUCACUGGUGCUCCCUGCUACCCUGGAGUGACUCUGUCCCCAGAACAGGAGGAGUUGGUAAGAAAAUCCCCCAGGGAGCCACUGAUUGGGGUGUAUGGCCAUGCUGUUUCAGCUGGCCAUAUGGAUUCGGAAGAAAGCACUGAGCCAGAAAAAGCAGCGGAGAGGGUAAAGCUGUCUAGGUUUGCAAGGGAUAAGAUGCAUCAACAUCGUCUGGAGCAGCAAGAAGUUCCGCCUAUACAGGGGGAGUGGCAGAACAUGCAACGAUUGAAGCAGAACUUUAGACACGUUGCAUGUGACGUGGGCUCAGACGACACGGCAUCUCUGAAAGAUUUGCAGCGCAACGGUAGUGUUCUAGCAUCCACGAAGGCUGAACUCCUGGAUGAUUUGCCCUCGAGCCCCAACAGCACACACGCACCCAGAAGCCUGGUCAAAGGUUUGAGUCCCCCCAUUCAUCCCAGCCCUCCCACGGCUCCUUCCAGACGCAUGCUGCCACGACGCCAACAAGCCCCCAGUCUGAACAGAGCAUGUCCACCCCUUUCAAACUGCUCUGAUGAACUCACACCAGGAACCCCCAGGAAGAAUCCCCAUGAGCAGCUGGUUUUGCGGCCGUUCUCUAAACCGGACCUUGCUUUCACUCAGAGCUUCAAACUGCUUAGCUCUGAUGACUGGGAGAAGAAGAUUGAUGGCCUGAUACUCAUGCGUAGUUUAGCACGGUAUCACUCUGAUGUGCUUAGUAGUAGGCUUCAUGAUGUCUGCCUUGUUCUUAAUCAAGAGGUUCAGAACUUACGCUCUGGAGUGUCGCGCGUGGCGCUGGUGACCUUGGGAGAGUUGUACUCUGGCCUGCAGAAAGGUAUGGACCAGGAGGUGGAAGCUACUGCCAAGGUCCUCCUCCACAAAGCAGGAGAGUCCAAUGCUUUUAUUAGGCAGGAUGUGGACACAGCCCUGGACUGCAUGGUGCAGAACUGCACCCCCACCCGAAGCAUGAACGCUCUUCUCGCUGGAGGACUCAGUCAUUUGAAUGCUGCAGUAAGAAAGUGCACUUCUCAGCAUUUGGCUACUUUGAUAGAAAAGAUUGGCGCUGACCGCUUAUUGUCUGGGACAAAAGGUGUGACUAAUCGAAUUCUACCUGCAGUCUCCAAAUUGGCGCAAGACUCUUCCCAAGAAACCAGGUACUUUGGUCGCCGCAUGCUACUGUUCCUGUCGUCUCAUCACGACUUUGAUAAGAUGGUGGAAAAGUACAUCCCUACCAAAGACCUGGCCACCAUCAGGGCCACUGUCCUCACUCUGAAAUCCAAGGUCCCGGGUGAGAAGCCUCAGGAUACCCCUUCAGCUCGAGGCAGGCACUAUAUCCCUUGCGGUGGAAUGAGGUAUGCCUCCUCUCUAAACCGUCAACCUCAGAUUGUCAGCAGCAAAGAUGCCAGCAAAGCACAGGUCCACAGCAUUGCAGACAAGACCAAGUACAUCAAACAGCUUAAAUACACAGACAGGACAAGGUCCAGGUGUGUGCAAGCGUGGCCACAAGUGAGGAUCCUCCCAACUGUACGUGGCGGGCCAAACCACAUGACUCGCGGGAGAUGAGCGUUCUGUGACACUUAUUGCCAAGGUUCUAUUUAAACAGACUGUGAGCACACAAGGGGUCACUGACUUAUGGCAUGAAGCUGAACUCAGAAUCAGAACAGAAUGACCUCAGCAGCACUCUAGGAAGCCAAUCUGAUAUAUUCAACACUUGCUGUCUGCAGAGAUGCUGAGAAGUGCUUUGCCAAUUCUGUUUGAUGUGUUAUGAGUUAUGCUUAGAGUUAUGAUGCCCACAAGCUGCUGUCAUUUGAGGUGCAUUAGUGCUGGAGGACAGGUGGAGUUUAGCAAGUAAAUAUGGUUGUAGCCAUAUUAU